AUGGCCGGCCGCGGGAGUCGCCAACGCGCUUGCAUGGUCUGUUCCAUCGUGCUGAAUGCCAGUGAAUUCUACAAGACCGGAUGUCCCAACUGCGAAAGUGUCCUCGGCCUUCGAAACUCCCAAGACGCCAUCCAGGAAUGCACGUCACAAGUGUUCGAAGGUCUGGUGAUGCUAGGCGACCCGAAGUCGUCGUGGGUGGCGAAAUGGCAACGCUUGUCAGACUACGUGCCUGGAAUUUAUGCGGUGAAGGUUGUCGGCCAAUUACCGCAGGAGAUAAUAGACACCCUGGAAGACAAUGGCAUGAAAUACAUCCCUAGAGACGGCACCUCGAUCGAGGAUGAUGUUGCUGCGUAG